AUGCAGCUGAGCCCUUUACAAUCGCGGCUUGUCGCGUCGCUGACCGCUACCAUUUGUGUGGUGGCAUUGUAUUUGUUGCUCUCGUCGCCCAAGGGAGCUCUCGCCGCUGAGCUACCUCGCGACUCAUCCUUGUGGAUGGAUCUGACCAUUCCCGAUACCGACAGAACCGAAUUACAGACCUCAUCGUACGAACCAAUAUUUAGCUUUUUCACCCGCAGCAUACUCGGACGAGCCCAAGAUGUUACGCCACUCGAGAACAACAGGCCCUUGGGAUUGAAUGUCGGUCCGGGCUCCCAACCGGUAUGCUACCUUGUCAAGAAGGGUUCAUUAGGGGCUGGCCGAGACCCCCGUAAAAUCUAUAUAUCGGCAAACACAUGUUUGCAACCGACGACCAAGGCGGGCAAGAAGGCCAUGUCCCCCGGCCAGUUGACCUUGUUCGUAUCAAACAAUACCGACGCAGGAUGCCCCCAGAUUACAAGCGCGGGCAAUGGCGUCGAAGCCAAAGGAUUCACCUCCAAAGUUUUUACGGAAGGCGCCGUCACAUUUAGCGUCAACUCGACCAAUGAUGUCUAUGUCGCAGUCUACGCCCCCAAGCUGUCCGAUGAUUUCGAGGGGACUUACAACUUUGAAAUAGCGGCUUCGAAUACCACGUAUUUUCACCGAUAUAAAGCAAGUGGCGGUGCAGAGCUUCUCUGGAUGGAUAGUGACUCAACCUCGGCCCUGCUUGUGACGCGAAAUCUUACCGACGACGUCAGCAACCUUCGACACGUAAUGAGCGAGGAUCCGCCCUAUCAGCUAUACGUCAGUGGCAAAGAUACAACGUCGUUGGAUGGGAUGCGCCGUUCAGCGUGCGGUUUCCAGAAGAACGCUCUCAUUGGGGCUAAUAACCAGGGCAACGCGAAGAAUAAUGCCAUGGUCAAGACGGCUAUGACGCUUCGAGGACCAGGAGGGCUACCAAAGCAGCAGUUCUAUGUUGUGGGACUCAACGCGACGUCGGCUUACAGCGGCGUAUUGGUAAAGCCUGCUAAUGUCACUGUAAAUUCAAAGCGACAGGUGGGCGGUAGUGAUGUUCCAACGAACCCGGGCAGCAUUGUUUUCCAGGCAACAUCAUUUCAGACCAACGCUGCACCGAAUUGCAAAGUGGUGACGGACUUGGAAUUCUGUGACGAAAUUCAAUAUGCGGUGCCUGGAAAUGACGGGAAAUACAACAACACGGAGCUGGCAAAGGCUUAUGAUAACUAUGCCAAGAGCAUGUACGACAACUUUCUCAAAGUCAUGAUGCAAGUACAAUGCGAGACGGAUCGGACCUCAAGAUACUCGCUGGCUAGAACGUGCGAUGAUUGCAAAAAUGCGUACAAAAGAUGGCUCUGCACCGUCAGCAUCCCUCGAUGCGAAGACUUCCAGGGCGAGUCGCGAUUCAGUGUUAUCCGCAACGUCGGCCAGCCGUUUCCCAACGGCACAAUGCUACCUACUGAUGUCCAAACGAAUUUAGCACUGGUGCCAUCUCAGAAUGCGUCACGAAAUGCAUUCAUUGACACAGAUAUUCAACCCGGACCGUACAGGGAAAUCAUGCCCUGCGAAGACAUUUGCUACCAAGUGGUUCAGAGCUGCCCGUCAAAGAUUGGCUUCAAGUGUCCACAAGAGGGCAUGUACGCUUUCAACGUGAGCUACGGAAAACGAGACAACGACAACUCGACUGUGUCAUGCAAUUAUCCAGGCGAGGCGCGAACCCCCGUCAAUGGAGCGGCAGCAUUUAUACCCAAUCUGAUGUUUUUGGCAGUCGUAUUGUCAUCGGGUCUUUUGUUACUGGGGUGA